AUGCAUAUGAACAAAGUUGGAACAUUAGCCUCUCUUCUUCAGUUCGCGUUGCUAUAUCCAUCGUUAUCCCUCGCAACGGACGACACGCCGGAAGCGAAGCUAAAGCCAUGUACCAUUUAUUCGCCCAACACGGGCGCCUACUUUGAUCUGAAGACCAUAUCACUGCUGCCACCAGAAAUGAAAGAUGGCAAAAAGAUUCGACCUGAUGACAGGGAAACCAGCUGGCACUCAAGGGGUUACGAUUACGGAGCCAAUUUUACAAUUAACAUUUGCGGACCGGUAAUUGAGAACCUGGAGGAUGUGGUUGGGGUAGACAAAGAGAGGUGGCAGAAUGUGAGCGCAUUUUACAAUAUGGACGGGAAAACGUAUUCAAUUGGGCAGCAAUCGUCCGACUUAGUUUUCCGCGGCCGCAAACUCGUUCUCAACUACACCGAUGGUUCCCCAUGCCCAACAUCAGGUGAAACCCGUCGAAAACGGGAUCUCGUACCUCGAGAUGAUCGGGAUCAUGACCAAGACGAUGGCAAGAAUGAUAAUAAAGGCGGCGAUAAAGACGAAGAUCGAGAUUCUGAUACAAAAUAUCGCAGAAGAAAAUCUACUUUAAUGUCGUUCCUUUGCGAUCGUGACCUCGUAACUCCAGCAGCAACUGUAUCGUAUGUUGGCACGCUCGACUCAUGCUCCUAUUACUUCGAGGUGAGAACCGCUGCGGCUUGUGGUGGGGUGGCUGCAAGUACAGAUGGCGGGCUGAGUCCUGCAGGUGUGUUUGGUGUCAUGUAA